GCUAGAUGAAUGGUUAGAAAUCAGAAGACUAGUCAUAAAUCAGAGCCAAUAAUGACCAUACGAUAUUGGUGGUCAAAACGUAUCUAAAUUACUUGGAAACAGUUGGUGAUUCAUAAAUAGAGUGAACUAAACAAGCAUUCUUUAUGACUUCAAUCUGAGACUUCAGCUAUUACCACAUAAUUACAUAAACUUUAAAAAUUUGCUUUUUGAGUUAUGACAACUGUCCCAUUUUAUCUAUAAUUCUUCGAUAUAUCUUUAAGCAUAUCAAUGAUAUUUGAUAUCAAAAUUUCUGAGGGAGCUAAUCCCCCCCCCCCUCUCUGCCCACAGUCUUAGGCAGACAUGCAGCUCGCCUCUGUUCAAAAUAGGCUUGCUGAUAUCCAACCCACACUUUGCGUGUUUUUGUAUUGGCUCUAGCCCUGCAAAGCCCAGGGAACCAAAACGCUGUCAAAAAAAAAAAAAAAAAAAAAAUUCCAGGACUGUUAUCGGAACAUUUCGGGUCUAUAAAUAUACUUUUUGCAUUUAUUUUGGAUUAUUGCACUCAUUGACCCCAAUUUAAGAAAUGUUGCACAUAUGCAACACUGGGCUUUAGUGAUAAUAAAGGAUAUUUAUUGACCUAUUUAAUAUGUUCCUAAAACACAAUUCACAACAAGCAGUUAUAUGUCUCCAAGUGAAUACUGCAAAGCGCCGUAAAUCUCUGAUCUUUUCUCUGUUCAUUAUGUAACAUGCAAAUGGUUCUAGAUGAGGCUUAUACAGAAGCAGUUCCUAUCACUAUUGAAGCAAGUUGGUCAGGUCUGUUGACAGAGAGCACAAUAGCUAUUGAAGCAAGUUGGUCAGGUCUGUUGACAGAGAGCACAAUAGCUAUUGAAGCAAGUUGGUCAGGUCUGUUGACAGAGAGCACAAUAGCUAUUGAAGCAAGUUGGUCAGGUCUGUUGACAGAGAGCACAAUAGCUAUUGAAGCAAGUUGGUCAGGUCUGUUGACAGAGAGCACAAUAGCUAUUGAAGCAAGUUGGUCAGGUCUGUUGACAGAGAGCACAAUAGCUAUUGAAGCAAGUUGGUCAGGUCUGUUGACAGAGAGCACAAUAGCUAUUGAAGCAAGUUGGUCAGGUCUGUUGACAGAGAGCACAAUAGCUAUUGAAGCAAGUUGGUCAGGUCUGUUGACAGAGAGCACAAUAGCUAUUGAAGCAAGUUGGUCAGGUCUGUUGACAGAGAGCACAAUAGCUAUUGAAGCAAGUUGGUCAGGUCUGUUGACAGAGAGCACAUUUUUCCCGAUCACUUUAUCGUAGGACACAUUAACAUCAUGAGUUUCAAUCUAGUCGCCCACUUCUAUGUUAGUAGUCGCAGCAUUAUUCCACAAGUUGACAUUGACUAUACCCUCGUUGUCCUCUAAUUGAAUUCUCCUAAGUUUUCCAGCAUUUUGUAAAUGACCCUGUAAAUAUUACUUAAUAUUUUAAAAUUGAAAAGAGUGGAUACAGAAGUUAAAUAAAACGAUAUUUAAAAAAAUAGUAACUGCAUGAUAACUGGAGAAAAAGUUGAUGUUUUCUCCGGUCUUUGAGGUGUUUUACCUUCGGCGCCUGACGCAAAUAGUUUCUUCUGUACAGCUAUUCUUGUGUUUGCUGCUGGAGGACUCCAAUUCUCCGGUUGUUCACUUUGCAUCGGUAGAGCCAGGACCGGUUUCUUCCUCCACCACAUAUUUUAACGAUGACAACGUUCUGGAUUCCUCAAUCAUUUUUUCAACGCUCUUAUUCUCCGUAUUUAUCACAGGUGUAAUUAUGUUCUUUUCACUGUUUACGGUGUGAUUUCCAGAAACUUUCCAUCCUCAUGUUGACUUUACCAUAGAACAUUCCCUUAUUAGGCAAUGUCUAAGAGCCUUGUUUUCUCCUAAAAAUUUUCAAAAAAAUUAUUUUAAUUAUUUUAAUUUGUUGACUCUUGAUGAAACUUAACUUACACUCAAUACCACUCUGAUUUUCCUUUUAUUACCAAUUGUAAUUAGUGUAAGUGUAAGUCAUUAACUUUACAACACAUAGUCAUUGAAUGCAAAAAGAGGUGCAUAUACCAUCUCUAAGACCUGUAGGGCUAUCAAUACAAGUUCACAUAUACAACAUAUCAAUGCCCCCCAUGAACUUGUUGUUCUCUUCUUCGAUCCUUGGACGAUCAGUAUCAAUGUAUUGACAGUCUCUUUUGCUCCACCGCCAAGUUUUGCCAAUAAGCUGCAACAUACGCCAAUAUAAGGGGCACAACCUUGUUGUCAUGCCAUCUUACACAUGCAGCAUUUUGCAUGCCAGAGGCAGCAAGAACUGGUACUGUCGCCUCUCUUUUGAUUAGCCCCUUUAUUCUGACAAAUCAUAUCCUGUUCAUACCAUUCUUUUUGUACCCAUUCUUUUAAACACCCAAGUUACUAGUAAGCAUGUGUCCAGUGAAAUAAAAGGUGCACAAAACAGUAAGAUUUGUCAAAACAACAACAACAAAAAAAAAAAAAA